UCUGAUUAAACGCUUGAAUUCCGUUGGGCAAUGUCGCCUAACAGAUUUCUAAUCGCUCGCAAUCAAGACGAUGGCUGACCCCCUCACAAUAGCCACGGGGAUAGGCAGUCUCCUCUCCACAGCCUUGAGCAUAUCAAAAUACACAAUCGGAACCAUAAGCUCCAUCCAAGAAGCGCCGAAGCACAUCAAGGCCAUUUCGUCCGACACAAAGGCAAUAUUUGUUGUCCUUGGUACCUUAUCAGGAUACCUAAGCGAGGAAGACACCGCUACGGGAGUACUCCACCAUGUGAUCGCCGCCGACCUGAGAAAUGUACUAACUAGCAGUAUUUCCGUGCUGAAAGAAUUGCAGUUUCUUAUCAAUGAAUUUAUCGGAGGGGAGCAUAGUAAUUCGAAGGUUGGCAAGUGGAAAAGUAGCCGAUGGCAUUUCAAGGAGGACCAGAUAAAACAAUGGCGCGAACAACUCGCUGCGCAUAAAGUGACGCUCAGCGUUACGGUCGCAAUGGCAAACCUCAUCAACACAAACACAACUGUUGAAAACACGAGACGAAUAGAGGACGAGGUUAUUGAGCUUAAAACCAUGGUGACCAGUCUGCUUCUUCGGAUGGGUUCCGCCGAAGAGGAACACGCAGAUCAGGGAGUCAUUAUGAACAACUAUAACUCAACUAUGCGCCGACUUACCCGUGAUGCGGAUUCCAUCUUAUCGGAAGCGCCAUGGGGACGCCCCUCGUCACCAAGUAUUGUGAUUAGCUCAACUGGAGUGACAAUGCGGAACAAGAACAGAAAUUCCUAUACUUAUAGGUGUUCGGCAGACAUGAAAAAUCCUUCCUCCGCGACCAGCGCGAAAAGCUUUAAAACGGCACGAUCCUCCUUAGCACCAGCUUCGAUUCAUAGUGUGCGACCUGAUUCUUGCUGUUCGAGGGCCACCAUGGCUUCGGAGCACGACCGAAAUAUUGUAAAGGCAGUCGGUAUUUCGGACGAUCAUGAAUCUACGGGUCCUAUUCAGAUAUUUGUCAAAGGCCCCCUCGGUCGGACACAUGUGCUACGCUUUGAAAUAAGACCCACAGUCGACGAGAUCUGUUCCGAAAUACAGCUCCGCGAAAGCAUCCCACCGGAACGGAUCUCCCUAAGAAUACAGGGUCAGGUCAUCAAGGGGCACGGACCCCUAGAUAUUGCGAACGGAGCCACCAUAUACGCGAACAUCAAUGCCUACACAUGGCAAAGUAAAGAAGCUCCUUCAGUUAUAACUUCCGAUAUUAGCGACGAUUUAUCAGAGAAGGAUCUAGAAGAUUUCGAGUUAGAGAUGGGCCAAAAGGCAGCGAGAAAACGGAAGCGGACUAUAGGGUCGCUAUUCAGCCUCCCUCGGCUGUCGAGCGGCAGCAGUACUAUAUAUUCCAUCGAUUGGUACAUACGACAGGAGCUCUUGGUGCAGAAAGAGUAUUUUACAUUUCUAUCGCGUCGCUGGAGGAAAUGGACGACGAAAGAAGGCGAGUGAACUAGCAUCGCGCAGCGGGUAGAUAUUUUCUUCCGGAUUUAUUGGAACGACGGUCAGGUUCUGGGAUAAUACGGAGUAAGAUGGGCUCCAUUGCGCUGAUAUACAGCUUAAUAAUGCCGUCAUCGAUUUCUGACUGACGUCCGCUCAAGAUCGCACAAUGUGCUAUCUAGUACGACAUAGGUCCAUCGAACGUCGUACGUCGCGCGUAUAAAGCGAGAUGAUAUGUCUUCGGUGAUAUUUAGUAUCACUUUAAGAGUUCGGUUACGAUCUGCCCCCGGAUAUCGGGAUCUUCCAUCGUGGAGUUGGUGAAGGAACCUCGGCCGAAUUACA